AUGGGCAAGCCUAAGAACAACACGCAGGCCAAGGUGGUCGUUAACACGUCCAGCGUCUACGAGCUGAAGACAGCGUGCGACACGGGGCUCAAGGAGUUCCUCAGGUCGCGGGGAUAUGAGGAGAUGCAUACACACACAGACGUUAAGCUGAUUCUGGGGUACAUCGGUGUUGUCUUCUGCGCCAUCGACUUUGCGUACAGCUGGAAGUAUCCGUUUGAGCAGACCAAGUGGUUCUCAUACAUCAGCGUCGCCAUAUACGCGCUGACAUCGGCCCUUGCACUUGUGUAUUCGUAUGCCGUGCAGCGUGACACCUUCUUUGUUGGCUACAACAAGGCAAAGGGCCACGUUGUGUCGGCCGGCUCGCGCACAAAGUCCGGCGAGGACACCUACAGGCUGACGCUGACUACACGCCCCAUCCGUGGGCGCCAGGACCCGCCUGUAUUUAAUUCGAAGCCUGUCGAGCUCAAGCAGUCGUUUGCGUCCUGGUUCCACGAGGACGGUGAGUUUGCCAGCGCCAAGUUCAAUGCCGACGUCGAGUCCGCCAUCGAUGCGCUGCUUGCCAAGAAGAGCGAGUGA